AGGACUUCUUCUAUUCCUCGCUGACCUCAGAGAGUUGCAGUCGUUCGACAGUGGAAAAAAGUUGAAAGUUUAAACGUUGUUUCGAAUGACGGAGACAGAUUGGUGUGUUAGCCGAAAAUUUGGAAUUUUUGGAAGCAGCCGUUUAGUCCAAAGUGCUCCCAUUUUUUAAAGGUGCUAAGUGUACCUUUAACAACUGUACAGAGGAAGUGAAUUUUCUUUCCGCAUAUUGCAGACUUUUAUCAGUUUGUAGGCCAUUUUUGGCCUCAUCUCAGACAUGAUGAUGACAGAAACGCGUAUCACUUCUUCUAAUCACAUCAUCAACAGUAUCAACAAUCAGAAAGUUGCAGAGAAAGUCGAUGAUAUGGGAUGGAAGGCGAAACUGAAAAUUCCACCCAAGGACAAGCGGAUGAAAACAAGUGAUGUCACAGAUACAAGGGGCAAUGAGUUUGAGGAGUUUUGUCUGAAGCGUGAGCUCCUGAUGGGGAUCUUCGAGAAAGGGUGGGAGAAGCCCUCGCCCAUCCAGGAGGCUAGCAUACCUAUUGCUCUCUCUGGGAAAGACGUUCUCGCCCGUGCAAAAAACGGUACGGGUAAAACGGGUGCCUACUCUAUUCCAGUUUUGGAGCAGGUGGACCCCAAAAAAGACUUCAUUCAAGCACUUGUGAUUGUGCCAACACGUGAAUUGGCUUUGCAAACUAGUCAGAUCUGCAUCGAACUUGCUAAGCACAUGGAAAUUAGGAUCAUGGUGACAACUGGUGGUACAAACCUCAGAGAUGACAUCAUGAGGAUUUACCAAAAAGUUCAAGUAAUCAUUGCUACACCAGGUCGCAUCUUGGAUCUAAUGGACAAGAAUGUUGCAAACAUGGAUCAGUGUAAAAUUUUAGUGUUAGAUGAGGCCGACAAACUUCUGUCACAAGACUUCAAAGGAAUGCUGGAUCAUGUAAUUUCUAGAUUACCCAAAGAAAGGCAAAUACUGCUCUUCUCUGCUACAUUUCCUCUCACAGUGAAGAAUUUCAUGGAUAAGCACAUGCGUGAUCCCUAUGAAAUCAACUUGAUGGAGGAGCUGACUUUGAAAGGAGUCACGCAGUACUAUGCAUUUGUACAGGAACGGCAAAAGGUCCACUGCCUCAACACUUUGUUUUCCAAGUUGCAGAUAAACCAGAGUAUAAUCUUCUGUAACUCGACACAGCGGGUGGAGUUGCUAGCGAAGAAGAUCACUGAGCUGGGCUACUGUUGCUACUAUAUCCAUGCCAAGAUGGCACAGGCACAUCGCAACAGGGUGUUCCACGACUUCCGUGCUGGCUUGUGCAGGAACUUGGUCUGUUCAGAUUUGUUUACAAGAGGAAUAGAUGUUCAAGCUGUCAAUGUAGUCAUCAACUUCGACUUCCCAAAAAUGGCAGAGACAUACUUGCACAGGAUUGGCAGGUCAGGUCGCUUUGGACACCUUGGAAUAGCGAUCAAUCUUAUAACUUACGAUGAUCGCUUCGCACUGCACCGUAUUGAACAGGAGCUGGGCACUGAGAUAAAGCCCAUCCCAAAGGUCAUCGAUCCCUCUCUGUACGUGUCCAAAGCUGAGGAUGAUGCCCAAGGAAUUGAAGAAGGGAAUGUCAGCAAGUAAUUGCGUUUAAGCAUUCUUUCAUUUAUACUAUUUAUAUAGAAACAUUUGAGGCCGUUAUCCCUCUGUGUAAAAAGUUUUGGACUGCCAUUUAACACUUUGGCAUUGGUGUAAAUAAACAACUCGGUUUUUUCGUAGGCUCAAGUAAGUCUGUGCGACUCAGCGACAGUGAAAGUGUAUUUGAAGUACUCAUAGUAGCGAUUUGUUUGAACUUCCAGAUUCUUGAAGACAAGAUGAAAUUGACUAAAACUAGAUUUUUAUACGAUUUGUAUAGUGAAUGUGGCUGUCGUAGCACACGGUUAAAUUCGGCAUAUUCUUAACUAUUGACACGGCUCUACCAAGUGAUGAAUGUUGAACACAAAUGGUCUAUAUAUUUUUUUGAAUAGCCUGAAAGUAUGAUUUUUUUGAGUUGUAGUGACGGAUGGAUUACUUGGUAGUGCCGUGAAGAGCAGUUAGUUUUAUACGUUUAUUUUUAUAUUGACCUGUGUGUGAAUGAAAUGGAACUCUGUAUGCUAAAUGUUUCGGGCCGAUAAGCAUGCAAAUAAUAUUCAGCACUAACAAGACCAGCUGGAUCUCUCUGAAUAUUCUUUGCAUAAUCAGAUUUUUUUUAUUUAGCCAUGAUUUCUCCUUUGGUUUCCAAUUUUUCAUACAGUUUACAUAGUGUUCCAUCCUGAAUCGUGCUGAAAAUAUGGAGUGCCAGAAAUUUUACGAUAAUCUGUCCAUGCGUGUGUACAAAAAUAUAUAUAUAUACUUUAAUGUUUUACUACAUGGUCAAAGCAAUACUUCCUCUACGACAAGGCAAUGAAGUGAUCUCGUGGAAAAACAAAAAAAAACAAAUUUAAAUAUAUAAAUAUAUACACUUUGUCUUGUACAUAAGUCUUGGAGUGAAAUAGGAGUGUGUAAAUAGUGAGCAGCGCGUGAGUUAUUGUCUACUGAAAGGUGUGAAGUGGAAGCGAAAACGUCAAUGUAAAGCAUCGUUUAUGAAGAACUUGCUUGUAUGCAAAAGAGGGAGCCAAUGUGCUGGUUAGUGGAUUGUUUGCAAGAAUUAUACCAUGACAGUUUUGAACUUCUCUUGUAUCUAAGAGUUUUGCUGUGAGGAAAUGUUUUCAGAAGUAAUAGUACACGUACCUGUUACCUGUUAAAGGAGAUCCAGCAAUUUGUGAGCUCUGCUGUGUGGAGCUUACAUAUUAAUUUCAACUGUCACUUUCAGUGUGACAGUUGGAAAUAUGGGAAGCACAUAUUUUAUUGAAAGUUUUACUUUGCCACCUUACUUUAAUAUGUAUUUUUAUUUUACAAUGUGCUUGCCAUUAAAAUUUUUUUCUGUUUCUGAAGAGGUGGUGUUAUUGUGAUGAAGACAUUGGCAUUGCAAGGAAUGUCCAGUGUUACACACUAGGCAUGAUUCAAGACAAAUACCUGCAGGACUGAAUCUGCCAGUGUCUUGAUUGCAAACAUGUGAACAAACCAAUUUUGGGUGUGGCCCUCCAAAAUUGGUUUUUCUAUUUUCAACUUAGAAUUUUAUUAUUUAUUUUUAUUUCAUUUUUUGUCUAUUUUUUUUCUAACUAGCAAAAUUAGGGCCAUCAGUUUUGAAUUUUAGGGAGGGAAGAAAGUUAAUUUUUAAUUUAUAAAAAAAAAAAACUAAAUUGUAGACACAAAAGCUAUUGUUUUGAAUGCUAAAAUUAUUUUGUUGACUAUUUUGAAGUGUUUUUUAUGUUUAAUUUCUGUUUUAAUGUGAAGGAGCAAUUAUUAGAAAAUAUUUAAUUAUUCUUUAAAAGUACUUUUUUUUUAAAACUACAAACAUUAAGAAAAUGAGCCAGCAAGAUGCUGAAAGACCCUCCCAAAUUUCGAUUUUUUGCUUCUUCACAUCUUAAGGUUUUUGGUAGAAAUAAAAGUAAACCUGAUCUGAAGUGAAUGUAUUUUGUUUUCAAAAUUCUACUGACUUUUUGUAUGGGAUUUUGUUUAUGCAUAAUUUCGAGCUGAAAUUUCAUUAAUGUGCAAAUUGUAGUUUUUUUCUUUUAAAUAGCAAUUUUUGAAGAGGAGGAGGUUACUGUUGUGAAGAGUAUUUGAUGCAUGCUUUUACUGUGGCUCAUCAUUUUCAGAUGCAAGAAGCAUUUUGGUGGUCAUGUACAAUAUUAUAAAUAAGUUUUUUUAUUUUAAAAACAAUUUUGUGUAACUUUAUAAUCUAAAUUAUUGUAAUGAAAGUUUUUUUAAGGCUAAUCAUUACUUUUAUAACAUUUUGUGUUUUUUAAAAAUUAAAUUUUUCUCUAUAUUGCUGAUUAAAUUGAUGUGUAGUGUACUAAAUAAUAAAUAUAAGAACAUAAUGUUUAUAAAAAAAUUAUUGAAUGCUUUAUAAAUUAAAAAAUUCAGCUACUUUAAUUUCAAUUCAGAAAAAUACUGUCAACUAUUGAGAUUGUUAAAGCAGUAUUUUAAUACUGUGCAUAAUAUAUCAAACUAAUAACAAUAGAUUUUUACUCUUAUUUAGUAAUAAAUAUUUAAAUUUAUUAAAAUGUUAUCUACUAGUCACUGCCGUAAAAUUGUUUCUUGCUUCUGAGAAAUGCUGUAACAUGCUGUAGCUAUGUCCUGAUUUGUUUGACAUCUGCAGUAAUUACCGGUAUGAAGACUAUAAAUCGUUACAUGUUCUUUUAUUAAAGUGGUUUUUUGUAGUCUUGGGGAGAAUUGUUAUAUUUAAACCUUACUUUAUAAUACUAUGCUGAUGUUAUUAAAUUUAAACUAUACUCUGUUAACUUUCUGGUACCAGUUGGUUUUUUCAAGUUUUGGUGUGGUUGUAUUUUAUUUAGAAAUCUCAAUUUAAUGCAAGCCAAUAAGAUGGCUUGGCAUGAAUAAUGCCAUAAGGAAUGAUCUUUUUUUCUGUGUAUUGUUUAAACCAGUUGGUUAAAUGUGGCAUGUUUGAAAGAAACACUUAGUUUUGUAUUACUAGUCAAAAUAUGUAUUGCAUUUUAUUAUUUUUUGUUAUUUUUGCCUUUUUAAUGUUGGUGCUUAACACUGCUUUGCUCUGCAAGUGGUUAUUGAAAGCAAAUUUAUUUUAUGCUUUGCAUAAGUGCAUCAGUUAUUAGUUUAUAAUGUUAUAUUUGUUAAAAUAUCAAAAUUUAAAAAAAAAUGAUUUUUGAAUUCAUUUAAAACUGGUCAUAAUUAAUUUUGGUUUAGUAUUCAUGUAUACUUGUAGGGGCAUAUGUCAUAAACCUAAGUGGCACACAGUUCUUCAGUCAGUGUUUCAUUUCAUGAUAAAAAUUGGCUGUGAAAACAUGUUUUUGUCCACCUUGUUUACUAAUGCUACACUUUGAAAAUAUUGUUCGUGAAGUAAUUAAUUACCUUCUAAGAGUUAUUUUUUUAGUUUGGGAUAUGUUGCUUAAGCUCCUUUAUUUAUUUCAAUGACUGGACAAAGUAAUGGUAGUAGCAUUGGAAGUUGUAUUAGUACAGAAUCAAAUGAUUUUCAGUAGGCUUUUAUUUUGCUUUGCAUGCACAUGGUUAGUAAUUCUAAGAUUUUCUGGAUACAGAAAAUCAGUUUCUGGAUUUGGCAAAAUAAGUUAUCUCUAUGCAAAAUUUUAAUGUUUCAUUUAGACAUAUUUUUCUCAAUUUUAUUAUGAAAUAUUUUAUAUUUUUCCUUGAAAACUAAAAUUUUUUGGUACAGUGGUAUUCCAGUCACAAUUUUAAAAAUGAAACUUGCACUUUCAUAACUUCUUUUUUACACAAAAAAUUAAAUUUGAAAAUUCUGAAUAAAGUGCAUUGCAGUUAAACAACAAAAUUUUGGAUCCAAGAAUGUUUAUAAAAUAAUUUUGUAGCAUUCCUAUCAAAGAAUGUUGGCCUUUUUUAGAUUUUUUUAAGUAGCUUAGUGGGAACAGCAUUGGAAAUUCUCAGGUGAUUAACAAGUGUGAACAGUUUGCAGAGUAAACAGUAAAAAGUUAAAAAAAAAAAUUAACUGCUUGUUGUCAAUUAGCAUGUGAAGUUUGAAAACUGUUUCACUUCUGGCAUUUCAACUGAUACUGCUUUAAAGGUACCCGUAAGAGCUACCAUGUUACGUUAUCGUCAUGUCCCUGUGGAUUACUUUUGCAUUUUGAAGUGCAAUGUUGUAAGUUGGAGUUGAAAAAAACCAUUUGAUUUUGUUUGGAUCAGAGUUUCUUUUUAUAGUUUUGAAACUGUUUUUCAAGAAGUAAGCUGUGUUGAUUUUUAAAUCAAAAGAAUUAUUUUGGUAACUUAAUGUAUCUGUAAUUGUCAAAAUAGUUUAUCAUUGUUAUGAAAUCUUUGGUUAAAACUGUAGAAACAAAUUGUGUCAAAUAAUGAUUAAUCCAAAAGUCUAAUAUUUAAACAUGUUAUCUACCAUGCAAAUGUGCAUUAAAACUCUUCACAAUUGAAAAUUUGUUUUCUGGUUUUUAUUUUGAACGGUCAUGUUUUCUGGACUCUGUGAAUGUGAAGGGCAAACUUCUACAUUGAGGUGAAAAAAGCUCUGGAUAUGAACCAAUUCAAUGAAGCUAUAGGAAUGUUAUUGGAGAUUUUUUAAUUAGUCUAAGAAUUGUCGUUCCUUGUGCGACAGUGUAUUUUUGCAUAACAAAUGACUAAUUUUGCAUAAUUCAUCAUCUAUAAGGAUCACUAAGAACUGAAGAAUUUGCUGUUGCAAAAGGUAAGUAAAAUUCAAAUUAGGUCAAAUCCCUUAAUUUUGUAGGGGUGAAAAUAGGUAAUAAUAAAAUCUGUGAACAGAAGUUACUGACAGCAUGGAAGACAGGAAGUUCAGUUAGCAGCAAGACAGUGUUUUUCUUUUGCUGUGUUAUGAAAAAUGAAACUGAACAAUAAACCGCAGCUUUUCGGGAACAAAUUUGUUGAACCUAGAACUACUUAAAAAUAACUGAAUUUUAAUGUGCAUAGUUGAUGUAAAGUUAAUAGUUUAGGAAGAGUGUACCCUAGGUAUAUUUUUUAACUGAUCGAUUACAUUAUUAGCUACUCAUGGAGUGUUUGGGGCACUGGUGAAUCUAUGAAGAUAUUUAAUUCCAUUGGUAGGAAUUGACUAUUCAGUUUCAUCAGGGAUGAAGUUAAGUGCCUUGUAAAGUAAUUGAAAUAUGUAAAUUAUAUUCUGGACUUUGAUUUAAUUUGUGCAUUUAAGUAACUUG